AUGGGAUCCCAACGAGUUAUUCGAGCUUUCUUGUUUCUGAUGGUGAUUCAACUUCACUGCGAAAUUUUGCUAGCCGAGAACGGCGGAAAACAUUCGAAAUCCGAUCUUAUAAUCCGAAUAUUACCAGAAAAGUCUAAAUAUUUGUCGGAUAGCGAAUAUGAUGACAAUCUAGAUGACUACUUGGACUAUAAAACGCAGUAUUUGGACCUUAAUUCAUAUAUAAACAGAAAUUCAAUAAAGCAUUUGGAUAACGAAUACAUGAGCAAUUUGAAACAAUUGUCCGGUCAUAAAAUACAUCGUUCUGAUCCAUAUGUAACCAAAGUGCCAGUAAGGAGCUCUCGAUCGAAUAACGAAUACACGGCCAAUUUAAGACAAUUGUCGGAUCGUAAAAUGCGGUUUCCGAAUUCUGAUCCACAUGUAACCGAAGUCCCAGCAAGGAAAUCUAUAUUCUCGGAUAACGAAUACGCGGCCAGCUUAAGACAAUUGUCGGAUCGUAAAAUGCGGUAUCCGGAUUCUGAUUCACAUGUAUCCGAAGUGCCAGCAAGGAGAUCUCAAUCUUCGAAUAGCGAAUACGCGGCCAGCUUAAGACAAUUGUCGGAUCGUAAAAUGCGGUAUCUGGAUUCUGAUCCACAUGUAACCAAAGUGCCAGCGAGGAGAUCUCAAUCCUCGAAUACCGAAUACGCGGCCAGCUUAAGACAAUUAUCGGAUCGUAAAAUGCGAUAUCUGGAUUCUGAUCCACAUGUAACCAAAGUGCCAGCAAGGAGGUAUCAAUCAUCGAAUAGUAAUUUAGACGAUUCGGAUUAUUUAGAACAAUACUCGGAUCCUUCUCCGCGUUUAGACUUAUCAGGCAGCUUCACACAGUCGCAAAGAAGAAAUCUUGAAAUAUUGCCAAGAUUUAACUCUAAACAUUCCGAUACGAUUGAUCUAACACAAUCUUCAGGAAAACGAUAUUUACAUCCUAUUGCGUACGUACUCGAUCAGGAUUCAGCAAAAAAGUUACAAGCGGCGCAAAGCUCUUCUAAACCUUCUCUCCGAACAUAUCCUGAUUCCAACAAUGUCCAACAGUCAAAUACUCGAAGAUUUGAUCUAGGGGCUGCGGUAAAACUCGCAAAAUUGGGUGUAGAGGGUAUGACUUUAUUACCACAACUCAUUUUUGGUGAGGUAGGAAGCCCGAAACAUUAUCAUUACGAUGAUGCCAAAAGAAGACUUGUGUGUACUAGAGGAACGCAAUUAGUAAAUAAUCGUUGUGAACCGAUUUUCUAUUCUGAAAAUGGCAAUGACGCUAGGAUCAGGAAAAUUGUCCGCAUAUCUGAUAUUAAUUUAGACCGAGAUUUAGACGAUGACGAUGAGAAAAAAAUAGGAGAUAUUACACAGAUAUCCGCUUUGUACAAGACAGACAGAAAUAUUGGGAGUUAUUAUCAAGAAUCCGGAAAAGAAUGA